AUGCUGAGCAGGCUGCUUACGUUGGGGCUGUGUUUCUUGCCCGCUUGGGGCGCACACGCUCUUGCAUCGUCGGCAGAUCUUCCGGUGAUAACAUUACCAUGGGGAAAAUGGCGGGCCGAGGUCGACGAGACGGACCCCGAGCUCUAUGUUUUCCGCAAUGUUCGGUUCGCUGCAGAACCGCAGCGUUUCGGGCCAUCGGACUUCCCGACCUGGACCAAUGACUCGAUACAGACCCCUGGGGACGUCAGCUGUAUUGCCGUCAAUAUUGAGGGAUUAUCAAAGCCUCCAGGAGGUCGUGUCCCGCUCACGGAUCCGGAAAGCUUCGAGGUUCCGCAGGACGAGGACUGCCUCUUCCUCGACAUCUACGUCCCUGUGCGUGCCUUUGAACCUAAUGCAAGGAAGCUACCGGUUACUGUCUGGAUAUACGGCGGCGCCUAUGCUCUUGGUAGCAAGAAUGAUGGCGAAGUCUUGUACACUGGACGGCCCAUCAUCGAGGCCUCCAACUAUAAUACCAUUUUCAUCGCGGGCAACUAUCGCACCGGCGCCUUCGGCUUUCUUGCCGGCGAUUACAUGCAGAAGGCCGGGCUCCCCAACGCCGGCCUUUACGACCAAGCAUUGCUGUUCAAGUGGGUGAGCGAGUAUGUCGACCAAGUCGGGGGCGACAAGGAGCAGGUCAGCGCCUGGGGAGAGUCUGCCGGAGCUGGCUCAAUCCUUCACCAUCUUGUCAGGGAGGACGGUGAAAUAGCUCCCCGCUUCCAGAAAUACUAUGUAAUGAGCCCUGCUUUUGAAAUGGCAUGGGAUAACGCCCCUGGUGGCAGACUUGAUACUUACUAUCGAAUGUACUCCAAGUUUGCCGACUGUGGCGACAGGUACGAUAUCGACUGCCUUAGGAGAGCUAAAAGGGAAGAUCUGGUCAAAGCCAACCAGGAGCUCUUUGAUACCGUUAGGCAGACGGGCCUGUUUCCCGUUGGUCCGGCAGUGGAUGGCAAAUGGAUUCGAACGAUUCCUUCCAUACUUCUCUCUGAAGGCAAAUACUGGAACGACAUUGAGUCCGGCAUCAUUUCUCAUUGUUCAAAUGAGUCGGCCCACUUCAAUCCCAAGAGCAUCAAUAACGAGGACGACUUUGAUAGGUUCCUCGAAACUUUCCUCCCGGGGAAUGCGCUGGCUCCCCAGCGAGGCGAAAUCAAGGACUUCUAUGACUGCCCUCAGACCCAUGGCGGCAACUUCUCUGCAUGUCUCGAGACGGUGAUCCGAGAUGCAGUCUUCACGUGCAAUACGAGAUACCUAUUCGAAGCGUACCCGGACAGAUCAUACAUGAUGGAGUACGCCUUCGCGAGCCGGGAAUCUGGGUUUCACGGCGUUGACCUGAUUCCGCUCUUCACCAAGAAUGUACAAGAAGCAAAGAAAUUCCUUGAAAAGAUGAAAAUCUCCCCGUUCUGGGCUGGGAUCUAUGCAGACGCUCUGCAUAAAACCAUUUCUCCCAAGUUUACCAAGUACCUGGCUUCGUUCGCCGUCAGUGGCGACCCCAACGGAGCAGGAGUAACACCGCUGUGGCCGACGGCGAGAGACACGGAGCAAGGCGUCUUGGACGAUGUUAUGCAAGUGAGGGACAUAUUGGCUCUGCAGAAAUUUCGACUCGGCAAGGACGACCAGAAUACAAAGGAAACUUGUGAUUUAUGGCUCAAGAUUGCCCACGAGGUCAGACACAAGCCAGAGGCUGCCAUCGGCCAGGAGGAGCUGUAG